CAGUUUCUCACUUCAAUCUUUCAUUCAACAAAUUUACUUCCAAGCAAAGUUGUCUUCUCUUUAAUUCAUAGCUAGGUACAAUGGCUUCGUCCUCGAGCUCACCAAUGUCGGUGAACGGAGAUGGAAACUAUUCUGUCAUUACAGUUGCAUCGCUGAAGGAAACAGUCAACGGAACAGAAUGGCUCCUGGACCCCUCAGCUGGAAAUGAGUCUUUUUGCAUCUUCCGAGUACCCAAAUGCCUAGUUGACGUAAACAAGAACACCUACGGGCCUCAUAUAGUCUCCAUCGGUCCUUAUCACCAUGGUGAAAAACAUUUGGAGAUGAUGCAGCAGCACAAGAGGAGAUUUCUUCGCGAUCUUCUUGCUCAAACACCACCAACUGGCCCGGGACUAGACGACUACCAGCAGGCUGUAGCAUUAAGGGAAGAAGAGAUAAGAGGGUGCUAUUCAGAGUCGACACUCAAGUUUUGCAAGGAUCAGCUCGUUGACAUGAUGUUGUUGGAUGGUCUCUUCAUUAUUGAACUCUUGUGCAAAAUUGGAGGAUUAUCAAAAACGCCAAUUGGAGAUGACCCCAUCUUUCACUUUGCAUCGGUCUUUACUUAUCUCAUCCGAGAUCUUCUGCGGUUGGAGAACCAGAUUCCUUUCUUUGUUCUUCAAACAUUAUUCAACGCAUCAAGAGAUUCAAGACAUGCAAGUGACUCAUCCCUUGCCGAACUGGCUCUACAAUUAUUCGAAUCCGCAGUAGAAAUACCUUAUGGCGAUCAUGAUCAAGGAAAACAUUUACUUGAUUUACUUCGUUUGAGUUUUAUCCACCCAAGCAUGAGGCUCAAAGAAAUCAACCUUGGAUUUACCUCUUCAUCUGUUCAGAUUAUCCAAUCAGCAAAAAAGCUUCAUCUAGCUGGAAUAAAGUUCAAGGCAAGGCAUGCGCAGAAUGAGGCAAUGAGCUUCCUAGACAUCAGAUUCUCAAAUGGAGUGCUUGAAAUCCCACUUAUAACACUGGAUGAUCUUUGUACUGAUCUAUUACUGAACUUCAUUGCAUUUGAACAAUGCUACUCUCAUUCUCCAAGGCACAUAACCACUUACGCUGCAUUCAUGAGUUGCCUAGUUCGUUCGCCUACGGACGCAGCAUUUCUCUGCGAACAUGAUAUUAUUGAAAAAUAUAUUGCCACCGAUGAGGAAGUUGCAAAUUUUUUCAGAAACAUGGGGAAGGAUGUGCCUUUCGAUAUUGGCCAGAGUUAUCUACUGGAGUUGUUCAAGGAUGUAAAUGAGUACCAGAGGAAUAUGUGGCAUGUCCGAUGGGCGGGUUUCAGGUUGAAGUAUUUUGAUACACCAUGGUCUUUCUUGUCUGCUUUAGCUGCUGUCAUACUCCUACUCUUCACUGCAAUUCAGACCUUCUUUGCUGUUUAUGCAUAUGUGCUUCCACCAAAAGAUGAAUGACUUAGGCUUAACUUUACAUUUCUAGAAGUGUAUCAGUGUAUUAAUCAGUUUCUACUUCCUAGUGUCUUAUUAUUUCUACAGUACCAAGUCAAGUUUGGGUCUAGUUAACUCCAUGCUAAAUUUUGAUUCAAACACGAUGUUUUUGUUAGGGAUUUUAAGUAUGUCUCACAUUGGAAUCGAAAU